AUGAUUUUGAUGAGAGAUAAUGAAGACCAUUUAGAUUGGCUUGUGGUACAACUUGGAACUCAAUUUUCUAUUAAAGAUCUUGGUUAUCACCGUCUUCCAAAUGGCUUGUCUCUUAGCCAAGCUAACACCUCAUCGCCGAACAAUCUUGACGGAUUGGUCAACCCGGAGCUCGAUUUUCUGGGAAAUGAGUCGGAUAUACUGGACAAUUCGCGGGUCAAGUACUUUUCAGCCGAAGAAUUUGCCAUUUUGAGAGACUCAUUGUCGAACUCUGGUGCUGAUUGUGGCUCUUCUGAGAGAAGUUUUGAAUUGGGUAACAUCUCAAAUGAUGCAUUUUUGAUAUUGAAUAUCAUAAGGAGCAACCGUGAUGGUUUUGGGACAAAACCAAUAAAAUUCUUAGAUUUAUUGGGUUGUGAUGAAAAUGAGAAAAUUUUGGAAUAUAUUUUGAGAGAAAUUAAGGAUGACGAUAAAGUGGUACUUGGGAAAUUGCUUAAUCUGUUGAUUAGGAAGUAUUGCCAUAGUGGGUUGUGGAAUGUUGCAUUGGAGGAGCUGGGUAGGCUCAAAGAUUUUGGAUAUAAACCCUCGAAAGCAACUUAUAAUGCUCUGGUUCAGGUUUUUUUAGAGGCAGACAAGUUAGAUACAGCGUACUUGGUUCAUAAGGAGAUGUCAGAUUUGGGUUUUAAAAUGGAUGGGUAUACUCUAGGUUGUUUUACACAUUGUCUCUGCAAAGUGGGGCGGUGGAGGGAAGCUCUUGAUUUGAUUGAGAUGGAAGAGUUUGUGCCCAAUACGGUAAUUUACACGAAAAUGAUAUCCGGAUUAUGUGAAGCUUCGCUUUUUGAAGAAGCUAUGGAUUUCUUGAACAGAAUGCAUUCUGUUUCUUGCAUUCCUAAUGUUGUAACAUAUAGGAUUUUGCUUUGUGGUUGUUUGAAUAAAAGAAAGCUGGGUAGGUGUAAACGAAUUCUUAGUAUGAUGAUCACAAAAGGUUGUUAUCCUAGUCCAAAUAUAUUUAAUUCUCUUGUUCAUGCUUAUUGCAGAUCAGGAGACUACACUUACGCUUAUAAGUUGUUUAAGAAAAUGGAAGAGUGUGGAUGUCAGCCUGGAUAUGUGGUUUAUAACAUAUUAAUUGGUGGUAUUUGUGGAAAUGAGGAGUUACCGAGUCUGGAUGUGUUGGAAUUGGCUGAAAAGGCUUACAGUGAAAUGCUUGAAGCUGGGGUUGUAUUGAACAAAAUCAAUGUCAGCAAUUUUGCACGAUGCCUUUGCGGGGCUGGAAGAUUUGAGAAAGCCUAUAAUGUUAUUCGUGAGAUGAUGAGCAAGGGAUUUUUACUUGAUAUUAGUACAUACACCAAAGUAAUUGGUUUUUUGUGUAAUGCCUCCAAAGUAGACAAAGCUUUCUUAUUGUUUCAAGAAAUGAAAAGGAAUGGUAUUAUUCCAGAUGUUUAUACAUACACAAUUCUAAUUGAUACAUUUUGUAAAGCUGGCCUUAUUCAACAAGCUCGCAGCUGGUUUGAUGAAAUGGCAAGGGAUGGUUGUGCCCCUAAUGUAGUGACUUAUACCUGUCUCAUUCACACUUACCUUAAAGCUAGGAAGGUCUCCAAUGCAAAUGAACUCUUUGAGAGCAUGCUAUCGGAAGGUUGCAUUCCAAAUGUCGUCACAUUUACUGCUUUGAUUGAUGGUCACUGUAAAGUAGGAGAGCUUGAAAAAGCUUGCCAAAUUUAUGCCAGAAUGAGGGGCAAUGAGAAAGUCCCUGAUGUAGAUUUGUACUUUAGGGUUAGUAGCAGCUAUAUCAUAGAGCCAAAUGUUGUUACAUAUGGGGCUCUGGUGGAUGGUUUCUGCAAAGCGCAUAAGGUGGAAAAGGCCCGCAACCUAUUGGAUGCAAUGUCGACCGAAGGUUGUGAGUCAAAUCAUAUUGUAUAUGACGCUCUCAUUGAUGGAUUUUGCAAGGUUGGGAAGCUUGAUGAAGCACAAGAGGUAUAUGCUAAGAUGUCUGAAUGUGGACACAGUCCAAAUAUAUACACUUAUGGCUCUUUGAUUGACAAGUUGUUAAAGGAUAAACGGCUGGAUCUUGCUCUGAAGGUCUUGUCUAAAAUGCUAGAAAAUUCUUGCCCUCCUAAUGUUAUAAUCUACACAGAGAUGAUUGAUGGCCUUUGUAAAGUUGGGAAGACUGAUGAAGCCUUCAAGCUUAUGCUAAUGAUGGAAGAGAAGGGUUGUCAUCCAAAUGUUGUGACUUACACUGCCAUGAUAGAUGGCUUUGGGAAAGCGGGCAAAUUGGACAAAUGCCUUGAACUCUUGAGACAGAUGGGUGCCAAGGGUUGUGCUCCAAAUUAUGUGACCUAUAGGGUUGUAAUAAAUCAUUGUUGUGCUGCUGGCCUAUUGGAUGAGGCUCAACAACUCCUGGAGGAGAUGAAACAAACAUAUUGGCCAAAACAUAUGGCAAGCUAUCGUAAGGUUCUUGAAAGCUUCAACUGAGAGUUCCUUAUCAAUCUUGGCCUGUUAGAUGCAAUAGCUGAGAACGACUCUGUGCCAAUUGUUCUAGUUUACAAACUUCUAAUUGAUAGUUUUCGCAAGGAUGGGAGACUGGAAGUAGCUCUGAAGCUGUAUGAAGAGAUUUCAUCAUACUUUCUGUUUUCAUCUGUUGACAAGAAUAUGUACUCUUCGUUGAUUGAGAGCCUCUCCAUUUCAUGUAAGAUUGAUAAGGCUUUUGAGUUAUAUGUGGACGUGAUAAGGAUGGGCGGUGUUCCUGACCUGAGUGUCUUUUUAAACCUCAUUAAAGGGCUUAUUAAGGUGGACAAGUGGGAGGAAGCACUUGAACUUACGUAUAGC